AUUGUUUACUGGAAAGUUUUGCGAGGUGUACAAUAAAUUUCGCCCAAAACUAUUCCCCUUAGCGCCGCCCAGCCUCUGAGAGUCACCUCACGUCCUCACCGUUACCGAGUUACCGGGACCAGCCGCACCACUGUCCGCGGCUCACCUCACCGGCGGCAGCCGUCCAGUACAGCAGUACUCCGUUUCGAUCCGCGGCUCACCUCAAUUGCUUAACUCCUCAACUCCUCAAGUAAGCGAGCCCAGCCACUCAGCCAGAGCAGCCUCCCCGGCCGGCGGCCGCCCACCUAUACGCGUCACGCUUGCCCAGCCGGACUCCGACAACCGCCUGGCCGCCCACCUCACGACUCACGAGUCACCAUUCACCAUUCACCAAUCUUGAGCAGUUCUCUUCUGUGUGGUCUUCUCUUCAGUCACAAGAAACAUUUUUAUCAUUUUAAUAGUUCAUGGGAGCUCAAAGUUUGCUUACAAGACUUUCCGCAAAUGCCUAUGUGCCUUCUUUCAAGGAUUUUAAAGGCACACCGUUCAAUACCUCAAUCCCUCGUUUUCUUCAACCCACUAAAUGGAGCUCUAUGCCAGCCGAUCAUACGUAUGGUUUAGCUCCUUGUAGAAUUAGGAGCAGUAAAAGACCAUUCUUAUGUGCAGUCAGCUCUCAGGAAGUACAAGAGUUUCCUGCCGAUUCAGGAUGUCACGAUUUGAAGCCUAAUCGGAAGAGGUUAGCAGUUUUUGUGUCCGGUGGAGGUUCCAAUUUCAAGGCAAUUCAUGAAGCAACACUCAAGGGAUCAGUACUCGGAGAUGUAGUUGUGUUGGUUACCAACAAAGGAGACUGCGGAGGUGCAGCCUAUGCAAAAGAAUAUGGUAUUCCAGUCGUCUUGUUUCCAAGAAGAAAAGAACCACAACCAUUUUCACCGAGUGAUCUUGUAACUACUCUUAGGGAAUUCAAAGUGGACUUCAUACUUCUUGCUGGAUAUUUAAAACUUAUACCAGUUGAGUUGGUUCAACAUUAUCAAAAGCGGAUAUUAAAUAUACAUCCUUCACUUCUACCAGCUUUUGGUGGCAAAGGCUAUUAUGGGCUGAAGGUUCAUAAAGCAGUUAUUUCUUCUGGAGCAAGAUACUCCGGUCCUACGAUCCAUUUUGUUGACGAGGAAUUUGACACGGGUCGGAUCCUUGCCCAGCGAGUUGUGCCUGUGUGUGCUUUUGACACUCCAGAGGAGUUGGCAGCUCGCGUGCUACAUGAGGAGCAUCAUUUAUAUGUGGACGUAGUUGCAGCAUUAUGUGAAGACCGGAUAAUUUGGAGGGAUGAUGGUGUUCCGCUCAUCCAAAGUAAAGAAGAUCCACAACAAUACAGUUAGUUUAGCUUUGGCUUUUAGGAGAUCAAGUUCAGUCUGCAUUACCUUUUGUUCUAUAAAAAUUAGCCAGUCUUUAGUUUUUGGGCUAAUUCAGAAUCUGACAAAUAUUUGAGAAUUAAAACUACUGACCAUUUAAGAAUUGUACAAUCAAUUAUAUAUACAUACUUGGAUCACCUAUAAACACUGAAGUAUUAUGAAGUUGUAUUAUUCCAAUUUUUUUGGGAUGGAUUGGAAACAGGGAAAUGUUGAUUCAUUGACCAUGUUGGAGAUUGAACACUUUUUUAAGUUCCUGUAAUGAUAAGUUAAUGAUAAAUUAGCAGGUGUAACUUUUUUAUUUGCA